CCAGGCCCUUCCCCUUCCUUUCCUUCCACGCUUGGAAACCCCGUGCGCGAGGAAGCAGGCCCUCUUUCCGGCGUCCGCCAUUACGCGAGGCGGUGUGAGGUGAAGCCGCCACCGCCACCAUGCAGAUUUUCGUGAAAACCCUGACGGGGAAGACCAUCACCCUCGAGGUUGAACCGUCGGAUACCAUAGAAAAUGUCAAAGCCAAGAUCCAGGAUAAAGAAGGAAUUCCUCCUGACCAACAGCGUCUGAUUUUUGCUGGUAAACAGCUGGAAGAUGGCCGCACUCUGUCUGAUUAUAACAUUCAAAAGGAGUCUACCCUUCACCUUGUGCUGAGACUUCGUGGUGGUGCAAAGAAGAGAAAGAAGAAGUCUUACACCACACCUAAGAAGAACAAGCAUAAGAGAAAGAAGGUGAAACUUGCUGUCCUUAAAUACUACAAGGUGGAUGAGAAUGGCAAAAUCAGUCGCCUGCGGCGUGAGUGUCCCUCAGAAGAAUGUGGGGCUGGAGUGUUCAUGGCUAGCCACUUUGACAGGCAUUACUGCGGCAAGUGCUGCUUGACAUAUUGCUUCAACAAACCAGAAGACAAGUAAAUGUCUAUUGUAAUAAAAAAUAUUUGAAUCUACA